AUAUUGCGUAUGAUUUGUAUAAUGAUAUGGUUUACCAAAAAGUCGAGUUUACAUGUAAUAAUAUUAAGUUGCAAUAUGUAGUUGCCUUGAAACUUUUUAAUGUUUACGUUUCAUCGUAUCUCAUAUCUUUUAUUCUAAGGUUUCUUACAGUGUCUGACGUGUACAAAAAUCAAAUAACACGAUUAUAAAUAUAGGUUAGAUUGCAACAUUGAAUUAAACAUCUUUUUUAUUUUAUUAAGAAAUCGUGCAAUUAUGCUCGACUUAUUUACCAUAUUUAGUAAAGGUGGUAUUGUGUUAUGGUGUUUUCAAAGUACCUCGCAAAUAUUUGCCCCAAGCGUUAACGCAUUAAUACGAAGUGUCAUAUUGCAAGAACGUUCGGGAAAUCAUAGUUUUGAAUAUGAUUCUUUACGCUUACAAUAUAAACUCGAUAAUGAGUUUGAGCUAGUAUUUGUAGUUGCAUAUCAAAAAAUACUACAAUUGUCAUAUAUAGAUAAAUUUUUAAAUGACAUUCAUUUAGAAUUUAGAGAUAGAUUUAAAAAUGAAUUGGAGAAUUCCAAAUGGUUUUCGAACUUUGAAUUUCAAAGUAAUUAUGAACAUGUAUUAACUAUGGCUGAACAAUGGGCAAGGACUCAGGCUAAAAUACCUAAACAAAUGCGUACCUUUGAUGAAAGUCAAAAAUCAAAAAAGACUGUUGCCAGUAUGAUUGAAAGAAAAGAUGACAAAGAAAAUAAAAAACAAGUGAAAAUUCAAGAAGUUAUAAAGCAAGAUUUACAACAAAACAAUCGAGUAAAUCAUAAUGGAGAAAUAGAUGAAGAAAUUUUAAUCGCAAAUCGUAUGAAAUUGGCGCAAAAAUUGAAUAAUCAAAAGAAGAAAGUUGAUAAGCAAAAAAGUCAAAAAAUUGAAAAAGCUGGCAAGAAACCUCGUGUUUGGGAAUUAGGUGGGACCAUUAAAGAUCUUGCUGCUUUAGAACGCACCAAAGAUAAACCAGAAGAGAGCGGUGAUUAUGUUGCAGCCGAUAAAACGUUAGUAGGUAAAAUGAAAGGUGGUAUUCGCGACAUAAUAGUUGAAAGUGAUUCCGAGGAUGAGUCCGACGAAGAAGUGGAGAAUUCGAAAUCACAAAUGCAAAAGAAAACCAAUAGUAUGUUUUCAAUGUUUAAGAGUUUGGUCGGUAAUAAAUGUUUGAAACACGAGGAUAUGGCUCCGGUUCUCGAUAAAUUGAAAGAUCAUUUGAUUUCGAAGAAUGUGGCAGCUGAUAUUGCUAAAAAGUUAUGCGAUUCCGUCGGUGUAAAACUCGAAGGAAAAAUACUUGGUACGUUCGAUAGCGUGGCUAGUACCGUGAAAGCAACUUUAACCGACGCAUUAGUGCAAAUAUUAUCUCCAAAAAGGCGCGUAGAUAUUUUACGAGAUGCAAUGGAAGCAAAGAAUAAUCAUAGACCUUACGUUAUGACUUUUUGCGGCGUGAAUGGAGUGGGAAAAUCAACAAAUUUAGCGAAAAUUUGUUUCUGGCUCAUAGAGAAUAAUUUCCGUGUGCUUAUCGCAGCGUGUGAUACAUUCAGAGCUGGUGCAGUUGAACAAUUAAGAACGCAUAUGCGUCAUUUAAAUGCUCUUCAUCCACCGGAAAAACAUGGAAAUCAAUCUAUGGUCCAAUUGUACGAAAAAGGUUAUGGAAAAGAUGCUGCCGGUAUUGCUAUGGAAGCGAUACGUUUUGCCAAAGAUUCGAAAAUCGACAUAGUUUUGGUGGACACUGCAGGCAGAAUGCAAGAUAACGAACCUUUGAUGAGAGCUUUGGCCAAAUUAAUUAAAGUAAACGAGCCAGACGUGGUGCUUUUCGUUGGCGAAGCUCUUGUUGGAAACGAAGCUGUUGAUCAAUUGGUGAAGUUCAAUCAAGCAUUAGCAGAUCAUAGUCAAUCUUCCAAUCCUCAUAUCAUUGAUGGCAUCGUAUUAACUAAAUUUGAUACAAUUGAUGAUAAGGUAGGCGCAGCAAUUUCUAUGACGUAUAUUACCGGACAACCUAUCGUUUUUGUUGGAACAGGACAAACUUAUACAGAUUUAAAGUCAUUAAACGCCAAAGCCGUGGUACACGCAUUAAUGAAAUAAUUGUUGAUUUAGUAACAAGUAACAAGAGACGAUAUCUUAUUAAAAGAUAAGAAAAAAAAAAUAAUUAAAAUUUGAAUCGAUUGUUAAAGAAAAUGAAAAAAAAA